AUGGUGCGCAAGACUAAAGAAAGCGCGCCAGUUGCAGAGCAUCAUGGCGGUGGUCACAUCACAGUGACAGCACAGCAAUCACGCUAUGCGCUCGACGCUGUCGACGCGCCAGCAUCAAAAGAGAUACUCAUCAAAGACCUAUCUAUCACAGUCGCAAACCGCGAACUGCUUUCACGCACAACACUCCAUUUGGUAGAAGCACGACACUAUGUGAUGGUCGGUCGAAACGGGACUGGCAAGUCAACGAUCCUCAAGGCUAUUGCUGAUGGUCUCGUUCCCGGAAUUCCGUGGAGUACGAGAAUUCUACUAUUAGGCCAGACUAGGGAGGAUAGUAUUGAAGAUGGUAUAGAUGCGCUGGGUCUGGAAAGCGAGACGGUCUUACAACAUGUCGUUCGGAGUGAUCGGGUUCGAGAGCGGUAUGUGCGAGAGGCGAAGAUGCUCAGUGAAGCAAUUGAGGACUCGAUUGAUUCCAUGGCACCAGUUCGGGCGUACAGGCGCAUUGGUCACGAGAGACUGGCCCUGCAACUAAAAGAAGGCCACCGCAUCGCGGAGAGGAGAAGUGGCGCACGGGGUAAGCUAGCGAGGAAAGAGCUGAUCAAGCUUGAGGAACGCUUCGAGGAAUCCGAGAAAAGUUUGCAAGAGGCGGAGAUCGAUUCUACGCAGCUCAGCGAAGAGAUGCAAGCCGCCGCAGAUCUGCUCGCUGGUGUGCAGGCUUCCCUCGAACUCAUGGAUGCGAAUGAGGCUGAAGCAAAAGCACGAGCGGUCUUGCUGGGCCUUGGCUUUAAGGAAGAUCGUAUCGACAAGCUCGUGUCGGAGCUUUCGGGAGGAUGGAAGACGAGAUGCGAAUUAGCAUGCGCCCUCACUCAGUACGCCGACGUGCUGCUACUUGAUGAGCCUACCAACUUCUUGGAUCUGCCAUCUAUCAUCUGGCUGCAGGAUUAUAUUCGGAAUCUGAAAGGCACAACUGUCCUCAUAACAACUCACGACCGCGACUUUGGAGAUGCAGUAGCUGAGGAGCUUCUUGUGCUGCGUAACCAGACUCUAGAGACUUUUCGCGGAAAUCUCAGUCUGUACGAGCGCGAGAGGUGGAAGAAAGCCAGAUACAUGACGAAGAUGAAGGAAGCGCAGGACAAGCAGAAAAAGCACAUUGAGAAAACCAUCGCCGGCAACAUCAAGGCAGCUAAAGAUAAGGGAGACGAUAAGAAGUUGAAGCAGGCUGCAUCGAGGAAGAAGAAGCUCGACGAUAGAAUGGGGCUGCAAGUUGGUCUCAAAGGCGGUCGGUUCAAGCUGAACCGGGAUCUCGGAGGCUAUCAUUUGUCCCGCCGGGCGGAAAUUGAGAUACCUGAUUUUGAUCCACCAGUCCAACUCUCGUUUCCGCACCAGCCACCCGAUUUGAAGUUUCCUGGCGCGUUAGUAAGCCUAGAGAAGGUGUCAUUUGCGUAUCCUGGAAGAAAGAAAUUGCCCGUCUUGACAGACGUCAAUUUGACCAUCCACCCGGGUGCAAGAAUAGGAUUGGCGGGCCUCAAUGGCUCGGGCAAGACGACGCUGGCUUCACUGAUAAUGGGCGGUGAUGAGGGCGGACUUCUCCCCACUUCAGGCACGAUUGCGCGACAUGCGAGGGUGAAGAUGGGUCGCUUCUCGCAGCAAUCUGUCGAAGAGAUCACAGCCAUGGCGUCGUCCAACCCUCAUAUCACGGCCCUUCGGCACUUAAUGGACUGUGUUGGUGAUGAGGCACAGGAGAAGGACGCGCGGGCAGUUUUAAGCGGAUUGGGGCUCCAUGGUCAGACGGUGUCGGACGUUCCGCUCGUACUCCUCUCGGGAGGGCAGAAGGUCAGGGUUGCUCUUGCCAAGCUUCUAUGGCCGCCGCCGCAGCUUCUUAUUCUGGACGAGGUGACAACCCAUCUGGAUGCAGAUACCAUCCUGGGUCUCGUGAUGGCAUUAAGGGAGUAUGAGGGCGCGCUGCUGGUAGUGACCCACGACAGGUUCUUCAUGAGAACCGUGGUGGAAGGGCAGUCGCCGUACAAGCUAGCGCCAGGGGUUCACGCGGCGUCCGAGGGCGAGGCUGACGAAAGCAGCGAGUCGGAGGACGAAGAAGCAGGGCUAGCUCCGGGGAGCGUUUUUCGGCUGACUAGCAAAGGGCAGGUCAGGAAGCUUGACCUGGGCAUGGAUGAGUAUGAGGACAUUGCGGCGCGGACAGCGGCAAAGCUGGCUCGAGCAAGGCGGUAG